UGUAUCCUGUGUAAGAUUUCGUUUAUCUAUCAUCUCUAUGGCCAGGAGGUCUUUUAAUAGAACAGACCGACAGCUGCACACACACACACACACACUCAAGUGCUGUUAUAAAUACUGAGGUGUGUGUGUGUGUGUUUAGUUUCAGAGAUGGCCGACAGAAAGAGCAGCAGCGGCUCUCGCCUGACCGUCAGGAGGAAAGAGAAAGCAGAAAAUGAGGCAAAGAAAGAGGAGAAACCUCCUAAAGAAGGAGAGAAACCUGAGGUGAACGGGAAGAACGCGCCCGUGGAGAACGGAGAGGCUGCCGCCGCCGCCGCCAGUGCGGAGAACGGAGCCGCAGCGAACGGAGAUAAACCGGAGCCAAUGGAGCUGCCGCCGUUUGAGAUCAUCAAAGGGGAUCGCAUGGACCCGUUUUUCUUCAAGUUCCAGUUUAAGAAUGUCGAGUACUCGUCCGGCCGUAAUAAAACCUUCUUGUGUUACCUGGUGGACCAGGGCUCGGACGGCCUCCUCCGGGGCUACAUCGAAGAUGAGCACGUGGGCGGCCACGCCGAGGAGGCGUUCUUCCAGCAAGUCCUGCCCAACUACGACCCUGCCUGCAAAUACACCAUUACAUGGUACAUGUCGUCCAGCCCGUGCGCCGCCUGCGCCGGAAAGUUGGCGGAGGUCCUGAAGUCCAGGAAAAGUGUCCGUCUGGCGAUCUUCUCCGCACGGCUCUUCGAGUGGGAGGAGCCUGAGAUUCAGGCGGGGCUAAAGGCGCUGGCGGCCGCCGGCUGCAAACUGCGCAUGAUGAAGCCGCUGGAUUUCACCUACACCUGGGACACGUUCGUAGAGAAUGACGAGCAGCAGUUCACGCCGUGGGAGGACUGCCAGGAGAACUACGAGUACUACCAAGAUAAACUGGCCGACAUCCUGCAGUGAUGUAAGAUCAUUAAUGGUAAUGACGUGAUAGUGGACGUACACUUGUACAAAAGUGAAGAGAGAGUGUUUGUGUGUAUGAGAGAGAAACCCGUGCUGCAAACCUUUCACUUUCUGCAUCCACACGCCGAGAGACGUUUAGUUACUUGUGAUUUCUACAGUGAGCGUUUGAAAUCCAAGAAUCCUGUAAAAUUGACGGAUUACUUUAGUACUUUUAUGUUUUCUGCAGCGAGAGGAUUUAUACUUUUUAAUAAUUAGUUUCAUGUUUGAAUGAAUCACUGCGUUUUGUUCAUCUGUUUACUUUUCUUUGAUGUGAAACAUUUCAUAUUUCAUACUGUUUUGUAUUCUGACCCAGUUAACAAAAAUAUGUUCUAAGAACGUUUUGCCAGUGUUCCCAUUAAAGGUGCAGUAUGUAAGAUUUUUACAGUAAAAUAUCCAAAAACCACUAGGCCAGUGUUAUGUAUUUUGUUCACUUGAGUACUUACAAUAUCUCAAAUGUUUCCAACUAUUUGUAAAUCGUGAGAAUUUGCAAUUUUAACCAAGACGUGUGAGGAGUCGCCUGUCAAUUGCGUCAUACCCGCGUUACCCUCGGUUUCCGGUUUUAUUUUGUAGAAACCAUGGAAACACAAAGACGCUUUAAUAUAUUUACAUGUUUUAAUAGACAAGGGAACAACUGUUUUGAUAUAUUUAUAGACAGAAAACAAAUUAUUGUUAUAUAGUUCAACACGUUUAGUCUUAUUGUUUAAAUCUAAUUUUCUUGAUUUUUUGCGAAUGUUUUACCAUGCCUCAGAGAAAAACACUAUUUUGUGAAGUAGCUAACAUAGCAUAAUCAGCAGCUUUAUUUUUAGUAACAGUAAUACAGAAUUUGACUUUAAUUUUAGUAACAGUAAUACAGAAUUUUCUCCAUCAUACAAUACGUUUUAAAAUGAAUUGCAUGCCAUUUAUCAACACAAGCCAUCCAGCAUCCUGCUCUGCUUCAUACUACAAUAACGUUAAUAAUUGCAUCCAUGAACAUGAUUUCUUCCCGAGUCCUAUCCCUAUUCUUUUGCACCGUCCGUUAAGGUGAAGACCACAUGUCCCAAGAUUCCCGUCAUCAAGCUACGCCUUUGUUUUGAAUAGACCUCUAGCGAACAGAAAUCCUACAUACUACACCUUUACGUUAUGAAAACGUUAUUUCUGAAUGUUCUCUGAACGUUCAAAACAUCCAAUUUUUAAAUAUUUUUUCUUGGUUAUGUGAACGUUAAGGAAACAUUCCAUUUAUCAUUCUUCAAACAUUAUGGGGACGUUACUUUUGGAUGUUCUCUGAACGUUUAAAAAAGACAAACAUCCAACUAAAACGUGUCAGAAAUAAAACGUUUGUUCAUAACUUUGAGAGAACGUUCUGAGAACGUUCCCUGUUAGCUGGGUGGAACUUCAGUUUUACUUCAUUUUAUAUUCAUGCUGGUCAAGCACAAAUUCAUACUGAGCACUGUGAAAUCCAGGAGUUUUGUAUUAAUACAUUGCAAACUAAACUCAGCUGUAUAUGAAAUAGUUGUACAAGCAAUAAAUAAAUAUACUAAAUGGGAAACGACCUUCACUAUUGUUAGAAAAACGAAUAAAAAAUGUAUUGUUUUGG